UUCUCCCCCUCGAUGCAGAAAAUGUGCAAUGAAAAAAGUAAAGAAAUAUUGAUAUUUUUGCUUAAAAUAAUUAUAGAUGCACUAUAAAGCUGCCUAGAGCUUUAAAUGUUAAGUUCAUAAUUCCCUCUCUAAUAUCUAUUUUAUAGUAUGUGUAAACAUUAUGUCUAAAUCUAAUAUUUGUUAUUAAAUAUGUAUUUAUAUACUUGGAACAAAUAGAUUUAUCUGUUGAUCUAAAGAUUGUCAUUUCACCAGAUUGAAUUGGUUCCGAUUCUCUAUGUUACUGAGCAGAGCUUGAACGCACCAUUCAAGUCGAAGAGUUGCAUGAUGGGAACAAGUAUCACAGCCGUCUGAUCAAGUUCUGAAUGUGUUACAGUCGUUUUUCCAGAAGGUGCCUUUCUUCAACAUGGUGUGCGACCAGGCGCACGGCGGGGGCCACUGCGAGAUGCUGGUGGGCUACUCGGCGGUUUACAGAGUCUGCUUCGGCACUUCCUGCUUCUACCUGAUGAUGGCCAUCUGCCUGGUGGACGUGAAGUCCAGUCAGGACUACAGAGCGCUGAUACACAACGGCUUCUGGUUCGUGAAGUUCAUCACGCUGCUGAUGACGUGCGGCGCCGCCUUCUUCAUCCCGACAGAGUCCUUCCUGCACGCCUGGCACUAUGUUGGGGUGGUGGGAGGAUUUGCCUUCAUCCUCAUCCAGCUCAUCCUCAUCACAGCUUUUGCUCACACCUGGAACAAGAACUGGCUGACCGGAGCGGCAGAGAACAAGCGUUGGUACCUGGCGGUGACGUGCGCCACCCUCGUGUUCUACACCAUCGCCACCAUGGCCUUCACCUUCAUGUACAACUACUACACGCACCCCGUCGCCUGCCACUUCAACAAGGUGCUGCUGUGGAUCAACCUGGCGCUCUGCGGCCUCAUGUCCUUCAUCGCCGUCACGCCCUGCGUCAGGCAGAAGCAGCCUCGGUCCGGCCUCCUCCAGGCCUCCAUCAUCAGCUGCUACGUCAUGUACCUCACCUUCUCCGCGCUGUCCAGCCGCCCCCCAGAGAAAGUGAUGUAUCAGGGCAUGAACAUGACCGUCUGUUACCCCAGCGUGGGACAGGACGGCAUCCAGAACGAAGGCAACGCUGUGGCCAUCAUCGGAGCCGCCAUCAUGUACUGCUGUGUCCUCUUUGCGUGUAACGAGGCCUCCUACCUGGCAGAGGUCUUUGGCCCCUUUUGGAUGAUCAAAGUUUACCGCUAUGAGUUCCAGAAAGCAACGUGCUGCUUCUGCUGCCCUGAGGAGGAGGAAGCUGAGGAGGAGUUUGUGACGGAGGAGGAGAACAAAGGCUGUCAGAAGGUCCUUCACAACGAGACGCAGCGGGUGGCGUACAGCUACUUCUUCUUCCACUUUGUCUUCUUCUUGGCCUCGCUGUACGUCAUGAUGACCCUCACUAACUGGUUCAGCUACGAGUCGGCGGUGCUGGAGACCACCUUCACCCACGGCAGCUGGUCCACCUUCUGGGUGAAGAUGUCGUCCUGCUGGGCCUGCGUGCUCCUCUACCUCUGGCUGCUGCUGGGCCCCCUCUGCAGCUGCCAGUCGGAAUCCAGACCUCGCCGCGCGCGCAUCAAACGCCGAUCGGGGUCCUCUCGCCACGUCUCCGUGACCGUCUGAUCCCGAGCCGGAAGGGAAGGGGGGGUGGGGGGGGGUGGUGAUGGAGGACGGGACGCGAUGUGGACAACAGGUCUGAUGUGAGUGGAGGUCACAGGGGUCAAAGACUCACACUGCGGUGAGAGGGACCAAUCAGACCCCCGGCUGAUGUAAGGAGAGCCGGUGGAAGCUGUGAUGUCACACCGGUGGAAGCUGUGAUGUCACACCGGUGGAAGCUGUGAUGUCACACCGGUGGAAGCUGUGACAUUAAAACCACUCUGAGGACUCGACUGUGGUUCUGGAAACAGACACAGAAUGAAUUGCCAAAGGGACCAGAAGGGGCGAACUGUCGCUCUGUUUAGAGUCAGUAGGUGUAAAGACGGGCACAUCUAUGAACUUUCAUUUUGUAGUAUAUUUAAUUGUUUAGACUACUGAUAUUAUAACAAGGGAGGAUCCUAGAUACAAGUUAAUGUUUUCUUUUGUAUUAACAGAAUCCGCUGCGUCUUCAGUUGAUGGUUUUGAUCAUGAACAAAUCUUUCUUGGAAACAGUGGAACGAACAGUUAACUGUGACACACUGGAGGAGCCUAUUCGAUCCAGUGAAUUCAUUCAUUCAUCUAAUAUCAAUAUUUCAGUCAAUUAUAGACUCUCGUUUACUUCAAAUGUUAAAUUAACUGAGAAUUGGCUGAAAAAAUACGAAUGAAUGCUUCUUUCAAUCCAUUUCCACUGUGAGAUCAGAGGAGUUUGUGGUGAUAAAAGAAGAGGAAACAUUUCACCACGAGAGAUGACGACUUUAAAACCUCAAAGGGGUAAAACAAUUAAGUUUAGCUGUUGCAAAGACAACGUUCUGUUGGUUCAAAGCUUAAUUGGCUUCUACUGCUACACAUCAACUUAUUCGCAAUUUUUCAAUUUUGCAGGUGUUUUUCUGUGCAAUUUUUAGCAUUUUGUUUGUCACCAAAUUGAAACCAUGAAUAGAACCAAGUGGGUGGAGGCGCCGACUUAAAGCUGCUUCUAAGCCCGGAAAUCCCAAGAAAGAUUUGUUCAUGUGCGCGAAUGUAAACCUCGACGGAGGACGUCACGUUCUCUGUCACCAUCUUCUUUAAAUGCUCAGAGUCGGACUGAGAGGCAGCUAAACACAAAUACACACCCGUUUUUUUAUUGGCGUAAACAAUAUUUUGCUUUUGACAAUGAGGAACUCGAUGGAUGCUCGCAUUUCGGGUCUAGAUCAUCGACGACUUGAUUCUUGUUUACAUUUUUAUUGUGCAUGUGUUGCUCCAUUUUGAAAAACUUGGAACCAAGAGUGCUAAAAAAAAAAAAAAAAGGAACAAAUACUAAAACUUAGGGGUAGAAGCUCUCUGUCUCAUGCCUUCAGAUGAAGUCUCGUCUGCCGAGGCCUCGGUGAUCCCACGGACACUCGGGAAAUGACCACGAGCUCCGAGACGCGCUUCACGUCUACGGGGCGUGAAGCGCCGAAAAAGGAAACGUCUUUUCUUUAGGACAGAGACCAUAAACUCAUGUUUACAAUGUCCCCCGAUUCAGAAUGAGGAAGAGUGGCGUAUGAAAGCCAAUACGUCUCUGCUCGAGACUUGUCAAUCAAACAUUAAGCCCCGCCCUAAAGCAUCCCCUCUCUAUGGUCUGUUUGGCUCUAAAUGGACCAUCAUUCACUAAUGUUGAUGUUGAUGCGACUGGGUUCUGCACUGAAGACGUCUGAUGAUGGUUUUACAACCCGAGCAGCGUCAAUAAAUACAGUUCAUUUCAUCUGUAGUUUAAGUUCAGUGUUUUCCUGGUUGUAGAUGUGAAGCUUCUUUUGUAAAUACAUCGUUUUCUUAAAAGCUGUC